ACAUAAGACUGAAGCUAUAAAAUCAAUCCGGAAUUCUAAUGUUUAACCGUGAUCGAAUUUACUAACAUGAUAAAGAGAAAGUAGAGCUGAUUUUGAUAUGUUUCCAAGAAAGAAUUUAAAAUUAAGCACAGGGAUAAAUGAGAAUACCAUGAAACUUAAAGAAAAGGAAAAUGUUUUGAUGCAAAAGAAGACAUUUGAUGUUUUCUAUCUAGGAAAUAUAGAAAAAAUAGCAAUAGGAAACUCGCAUAAAAGGGACACAGAGGCUCAGCUCAUAGACAGGCUGGAAGAGGCACAGAUAGCAGGUGAUAUUCCCAUAUCAGUAGGAGAGAAAGACCAAGUUUUCCUCACUGUCUCCCGUCAUGGAAUUCAAGUCCAAAAUAAAAGAACCAAGGAGGUUCUACAGAGACAUCCUCUGCACACUAUAGCGGAGGUGGUACAGUAUGAGGACGGGUUUGGCCGGCCUAACAUUGCUGUCAAGAUCGGACAGCUACAGGUCAACAGAGAAGUGUUUCAGUGUUUCGUCUUUCAGUGCCAUAGUGAGGAACUAGCAAAUGAUGUUUGCCAAUUGGUUAGAAGAUUAUUUGAUGCCAUCACAGACAAAUCUUGAAUCCUGAGUAAAACUGGAUGAGAAGUUGGUUAUAAUGCGCUAUACCUGUGGACUUCCUUUCUCCAUCCCAGGAGUAUGGUGUCCAUUAAUGAUUGUAGAAAAUCAGCAGCAGUCCAAGGGUGUUGAUGAGGACACUUUGAUAAGUGAUUGCAGAUCUACAUUACAUAUGCCAUGUACAGUGAUUUUUAAAGAUCCAUUUUAGGUCCAAAUAUCGGACAUUUCCCCACCCAAAAAUUACUAAUUUUUCCCCCAAUUUAACUUGCACUUUUCUCAAUAAUAAAAACUGCCGAAAAACGUAUUUGUCAAAAAAUAAGUUCAAUGUGAAUAGUUUAUGUACAACAUGACAAAGACGCAUCAAUUCUAGAUGAUUAGAAAGAAUAGUGGAAAAUUUUAAGAGAUUAAAGAAAAGAAAAUUAAAUAUGUAAAAUAAAAGAAGAAUGACAUCAA